AAUGUCAACUGUGUAACUCUUUGCUUCGUUCCAUUUUCCACUAGUUUAUGUUUCUUCAAUCUUGAUUCCCUCAAACAAUUUGUUUUUUUUAUUCCGCAAUUGUCGAAAUCCAUGUCAUCCACUUUCUCUCUCUACUCUCUCUCUACAUUUGUUUAUAGAGAGUAGAGAGAGAUAGAGAAAGAGAAUUAUGCCCUUCACCACUUCCCCCAAAUGGCCGCCGACGACGACGAAAACCCCAAACCCGGAUCCAAUUACAUCACCCAAUCGGAGCUCCGCUCCGAAUUCUCCCACCACGACCCGACAAUCGCCCGGAUCAACAACGGCAGCUUCGGCUGCUGCCCCGCCACCAUCAUCGCCGCCCAGCAGCGCCACCACCUCCUCCUCCUCCGCCAGCCCGACUACUACCACGCCAAGCUCCUCAAACCCUCAAUCCUCCACUCCCGCCGCCUCAUCCAAACCCUAAUCAACGCCGACCGCGUCGACGAGAUCUCCAUCGUCGACAACGCCACCACCGCCGCCGCCGUCGUCCUCCAGCACACCACCAGCUCCUUCUCCCUCUCCUCCACCUUCCGCCCCGGCGACGCCGCCCUCAUCCUCCACUACGCCUACGGCGCCGUAAAAAAAUCCGUCCAGGCCUACAUCACCCGCGCCGGCGGCCACGUCAUCGAGGUCCACCUCCCCUUCCCGGUCAAAUCCGCCUCCGAGAUCGUCCUCGAAUUCCGCAAAGCCCUCCGUACCGGCAAAUCGAACGGCCGGAAAAUCCGGCUCGCCGUAAUCGACCACAUCACCUCAAUGCCCUGCGUAAUAAUCCCCGUCAAGGAACUCGUCCAAAUCUGCCGGAACGAAGGCGUCGACACGAUAUUCAUCGACGGGGCCCACGCAAUCGGAAACCUCCCGAUCGACGUGAAAUCCAUCGGCGCGGACUUCUACACGAGCAACCUCCACAAGUGGCUGUUCUGCCCACCGUCCGCCGCUUUCUUGUACUCCAAGCAAACAUCCGACGAACUAAUGGACGCAGCCACCGCCUGGAUGGGCACACGAGACUACAGCGCGCAGCUCGUCCUGCCCGAGGUGAUCGAAUUUGUAAAUAGAUUCGAGGGGGGCAUUUCGGGAAUAAUGAAAAGAAACCACGAUAAGGUGGUCGAGAUGGGGGAGAUGCUAGCCGGGGCGUGGGGGUCGGAAUUGGGGGCGCCCCCCGAAAUGUGCGCGAGCUUGGCUAUGGUGGGGUUGCCGAUUUGUUUGGGGGUGAAGAGCGAUCUCGAUGCGUUGAAAUUGAGGAGGCAUUUGAGGGAGUGUUUUAAGGUCGAGGUUCCGAUUUAUUAUCGGGCCCCUUUGGAAGGGGAGGUCGAUGAUUCGGUGACGACGGGUUACGUGAGGAUUUCUCAUCAGGUGUAUAAUGUUGUCGACGAUUAUUACAGGCUUAGAGAUGCUGUUAUAAAGCUGGUCGAAGUUGGUUUCACUUGCGCUCUUCUUUCCAAAUGACGAGUAGUUGGAGAAACGGGUACAGUUCAAGAUUGACGAAACUUGGUCGUGCUGGAUUUUACGAUAACUAGGUUUGGAUGGUUUUUUUCUACUACUCACUAAAGAAACUAACUUGACCGUUUAGCGCUCACUUUUUAUCCGUCGUUUUAAUGAAGUAAUUGAGUUGGGAAUAUUACUUUGUGAUGCAUACCUUUGAAUGUAUGUCACAAUAAAGAUCAUCGUUGUUACAUGUUGAUCGUUUUUUUUCUUCCUCGCUUGCGAAUUCGUUAUAUUUUGACACGAUUAAAUGUACGUUGUACGAGUGCUCCUUGAAAU